UUACCCACUACUGUUUGCUGCAGAGCUCGAGCUAGAACUAGAACUAGAACUAGAAAUGGACGAUGAAUUGAUUUGCAACUACAAAGACUGCAGGAAGAGGCUGAAAACAUUUGCCUGGGUGACCUCUUGUUCUCAUGUGUUUUGUGAAACCGAUGGCUCUAGAGAGUUUGAGAAGCAGCAAGUCUGUCCAGCAUGUGACACAACUCUAACUGGUCAGUAUGAUAUCGUCAAGUCUGAGCUGAAGCCAAGCGAAGAAUAUAAAUCAAUGAUCCUUGCUGGGCAGAGACCUGAGAUUAUCAUGGAGGUGUGCUCAAGAGCAAUGUCAUUCUGGACCUAUCAGACCCACUUGGAGAGAGCUUACCAGGAGUACCGUGCAACCAAGGCCACUGAGAAGGCCAAGCAACAAGAGAGCUAUUACGAGCACAUGUUGGCUGUCAACCAGUCAGAGGCAGCCUCACUCAAGACUCAGUUGGUUUGCAUAAACAAGGAGCUGGAGGCUCUCAAGUCAAAACACAGUGAGGCCUCAGAGAAGCUGCUCGAAAAAACAAGACAAUAUCAGAAACUUCAGGGAAUGUAUGAAGCCCUCAGGAGACGCAACGUGACACCUGCCUCCUUUGAGGGAGAGGGGGAGAGAGUUACUCCACGAAGAAUGGCCCUCAGGCAGUUUGAGAUCCCACUAGGAAGUAUUCCAGACAAGGAAGCUUUUGUUCCCCGUGGUCUAAACAAGAAACAAGCACAAGGCCCCGCUGCUCCACUGUUUACUGCCGACCACAAAAACCACGCUCCAAAGCAGCAGCAUCACGGCAAGAAAGGAAGAGGACAUGUACAGGAGAGCUACUUCAUGGUGCACCAUCAGAACACGCCCGGAGGCUCACUGUUUUAGAGACAGCUGCAGCAAAUAAACUAUUUAUUAUGAGAAAUUAUUACCAAUCUCUAUAAUUAUGCCUGUUGUCCAGAGGACUAACUCAUUCCACGUUUAUUUAUUAUUCAA